AUGCUCAACGGCUGCGCUUCCGCCAUGCGAAAGCAACUUCACACCACACCUGGGCACCUGAUCAGCCCUUCAGUUCGAACAACACUCACGCCACCUACCGCUCCACCAGAGAGCGUGGCACGGGCAGCAUCUUCACUAUCCAGCGACCCAAUGCUGUCAGCGGCAGAGCGAGUCUCCGCCAUCAUCGAGCUUGCAGAAUCCAUCCUUAUCGACGUCGACACACAAGACUUGUUUGUGCUACAGCGCGUCAGCCGCACCUUCCGACACAUCAUCACCGGCUCCAAGCUCCUGCUCCAGAAAUGCUACCUCCUAGAUGACCCAGACUGA